AUGGACUCGACAUCGACAAAGACGCCCUGGCAGGUCGCGCAGCCGUUCGUGACGGGCGGAUUGGGCGGGAUGAUUGCCACGGCGGUGAUUCAGCCCGUGGAUAUGAUCAAAGUUAGGAUGCAGUUGGCUGGCGAGGGUGUCAAGAACGUCAAAGCCCACCCCUUCCGCGUCGCCGGCGACAUCAUCCGCCAAGAAUCCUUUCGCUCACUCUACAACGGCCUCUCCGCCGGCCUCCUCCGCCAAGCGACCUACACCACGGCCCGCAUGGGCCUCUUCAACACCUUCCUCGCUAAAGCCCGCGAGUACAACGGCGCCAACCAACCCGUCACCUUCCUCCAACGCUCGCUCGCGGGACUCGCCGCCGGCGGCCUCGGGGCCAUCGUCGGCACACCCGCGGACCUCGCGUUGGUGCGCAUGCAGAGCGAUGGGACGUUGCCGGUUGCGAAACGGAGCAAUUACACGGGCGUGACGAACGCGUUGGUGCGUAUCACCCGCGAAGAGGGCGUGCUUGCGUUGUGGAACGGCGCCGGCCCGACCGUCGCGCGCGCCAUGGCGCUCAACCUCGGCAUGCUGACGUCCUACUCGCACACCAAACACGAGCUGGACAGGAUCAUCGGGCCCGGCCCGGGGGCCAAUUUCGGCGCGUCCGCUGUGGCGGGGUUCUUUGCGUCGGCGUUGUCGCUGCCGUUUGAUUUCAUCAAGACGAGGUUGCAGAAACAGAGGCCGGAUGCUGAGGGGAGGUUGCCGUAUAAGGGAUCGAUUGAUUGUGCGAUCAAGGUGGUGAAGAACGAGGGGCCGUGGGUGUUUUAUAGGACCUUCCCGGUGUACUACCUCCGCAUCGCCCCACACGCCAUGCUCACCCUCCUCGUCGCCGACGGGCUCACGUCCAUGGCGCAGACGUUCAUGAACAACCAACCGACAACAUCCUCUACACCCUCUUCGCCCGCGCGUCAAAAACUUGCUUGA